GGAAGUAGAUGGGCGAUCUUGAAAUGUAAUUUGCCCCGUAAAAAACGACAUAUGUACUCAAUUUCGUGUAAUUUAGUUUCGGGUUAAUCUCUGAAUAGUUUUUAUGCAAUUAUAGUGUGAAUUACACAUAUUAUCGAAACUGAACGCGGCAAAUUACUUCGGAGUGCUUUGAUUAUUAACUUGGUAGUUAACUGUGCGUUCCAAUUUAUUUUACUGGGUGCCGAAUUAAAUUUAAUCUUUAAUUUUUCUCGCCUUUUGUGUUUUUUUUUCAAGAAGCGAACAAGGACUUUGUUUUAGUUUACUGGAGUGCGUUUCGUUUUUAAAUCAUCGGUUGUGUUUUUUCUGACUAGUGUUAGUGCUUAUUAAAUUCUGGUGGUCUAUAAUACAAUGUUUGCCGAAAAAAACAAAGAUGUGCUGCCACUACCAAUAGUUGCAUCAGAACAUGCGAUCAAGUGAUGCACGUUUAACCGUCACUGAUUUUUGAGUUGGUGAUUCCGCCGAAGCCAGUGAUUGACUUUGCUUAUAUAGAAUGACAACUGCCACAGUUGUCUAAACAUCACUCAUUCAAGCGCUAUCAAAAUUCGUCAAGACGUCUCCUUACUUCCUCAAAGUGGAUCACAAACCCUUCACGACGUUGAAUUUUACCGAUUUGGGUUCCCCGUUCGGGGGCCCAAACGAGGAUCCACCGGGAACGCCCGCGAUGUCGGGCGAGGCGCAUCUCGGGCCGCCGACGCCUCAGGAUAGUAGCAGCUCGACGCCCGUCUCGAAAAGCGCUUUUAUUGAAUUGCAACAGCACGGAUAUGGACCCUUAAGGACUACGUAUCAGCACCCCUUCAAUUCGCCGGCGGGAAAUGCGCAUACGGGACCGACGGGACCUCACGACGGGGGGUUUCCCAGUCCCCGAGGGGCCUUAGGUGCUUAUCCGUUCCCUCCAAUGCAUCAAAACACCUAUACGGGCUAUCAUUUAGGAUCUUACGCCGCAAAUUGCCCCCCCUCACCAAAGGAUGAUGAUAAAUGCUUAUCGCUGGACAGACCUACGGGUGGAAGUAAAGGGAAAAAGAUGCGAAAACCAAGAACGAUAUAUUCAAGUCUUCAACUUCAGCAACUAAAUCGAAGGUUUCAAAGAACACAGUAUUUAGCGCUCCCCGAAAGAGCGGAACUAGCAGCAAGUUUAGGACUAACACAAACGCAGAAAAGGAAAUGUCAGGACUAA